AUGUAUAAUGACGAUGAAAUUCAAAAUAAUAAUCAUGGGUCCAAACAAACUGUACAUACGUUAAAAGGCCGUUUUAAUGAAGAAGCUCAACGACUCGUCAAAUGUGGAAAUAUAGAAGAAAAUACGAAAAAUACAACGAAAAUAGCUCCGACUUACAAAGAGUCCCAGAUAAUUCAGUCAAUUGAUCAAAAAAAUGAUAAGGGUGUUGAUAUCGCGGAUUUAGAAAUGAAAGUGUUAGCUGAAAUGUUAAAAGAUUUUGAAGACCACCCCUUACGACUUGAGGGUGAACCCGAAAAAAUUGUUUACAACAAUACAGAUUCACAUCCAAACGAUUACGUAGUGGAUAAAACUAAUAAGCAGUUUGAAUUUGAAUCUUUAUUAAUUAAAAACGAAGCUGCAAACAUGUUCAGAUAUACAGAUGAUGAAGACGAUGAUGAUGAUAAUGAGGAUAGUAAUAAUACGAUAUCCAAUGUAAAAAAUAAUACCCGAAGAGUACAUCCUUACGAUUUAAACCAGGCACAAAUUCCACGAAACUAUUUAAAUCCAUUUGAAAACCCACCACAGCGAUCUCAGAUCCAAUCGCCUGUCACGAAUGUGGAUUUAAAUCGUAAGGUUGUGAAAGCAAAUAACCCAAAUAAUCUAAAUAAUCCAAAUACUCUAAAUAAUCUCAAUAAUUUAAAUUACAAUUACAAUCCCAAACCAAUAUUAAGCGACGUGAACAAGGAAAUAUCCCCAUUAAAUGUUGCUCGUGAAACAACAACAAUUUCUAAUGAUAUAGCAAGUGAGUACAAAAGUAAUACAUUAAAGCAAGACAUAGGUGAUAUGGAUAUAGAUUUAUUCAGCCAUUUAAAUCACAAAUUUUCAUCUGAGGAGUUAAGAAAUAUCACAGGUGAUCCAACUAAAGGUUUUGGUAUUUCAGACAUGGUCAGGUCGAAUUUGAUGCUAAUCGAUCACCCCCGAGUUUGUUAUGCUUGUAGUAGCACAGUUAGCCCUUCAUGCUGGUCUCCGGAUAGAAGAACUCCAACAAAGUAUUGCCGACAGGACCAUAACGCAUGUUUGACGAAAGUCUACCGACAUAAAGGUAUAUCUUUUAUUAUUCGAGACUGUGGUAACGCCUGCUUGAACAACAAUUUAGCUGAAUACGGCAUUCGAUACAAAUCUUGUACAAUUUGCCACUCCGAUUUAUGCAACGGUGCUUACUCUGUACAAAUUUACGCACGGAAUAUUAUAGUUGUGCUUAUAAUAUCAUUGUUUUUCAAA